GGACAGAGCAGUCGGUGACAGCCCCGAGGGCCCCGGCCCCGCACCCAUGGCCGAGCCGGACCCCUCUGACCCACUGGAGACCCAGGCAGGGAAGGUGCAGGAGGCUCAGGACUCAGAUUCCGAUUCCGACGCUGAGGAAGGAGCCACUGGUGGAGAAGCAGAGAUGGACUUCCUACGGAAUUUCUUCUCCCAGACACUGGGCCUGGGCAGCAAGAAGGAGCGUCUGCUGGACGAGCUGACCCUGGAAGGGGUGACCCGCUACAUGCAGAGCGAGCGCUGUCGCAGAGUCAUCUGUCUGGUGGGAGCCGGAAUCUCCACGUCUGCCGGCAUUCCUGACUUCCGCUCCCCGUCCACCGGCCUCUACGCCAACUUGGAGAAGUAUCACCUUCCCUAUCCAGAGGCCAUUUUUGAGAUUGGCUACUUUAAGAAACACCCAGAGCCCUUCUUUGCCCUCGCCAAGGAGCUGUAUCCUGGGCAGUUUAAGCCGACCAUCUGCCACUACUUCAUCCGCCUCCUGAAGGAGAAAGGGCUGCUGCUGCGUUGCUACACACAGAACAUAGACACCCUGGAGCGAGUGGCGGGGCUGGAGCCUGAGGACCUGGUGGAAGCCCAUGGUACUUUCUACACGUCUCACUGCGUCAGCCCCCUCUGCCGGCAGGAGUACGCCCUAAGCUGGAUGAAAGAGAAGAUCUUCUCCGAGGUGACUCCCAAGUGUGAGAAAUGUCAGAGCGUGGUGAAGCCUGACAUCGUGUUCUUCGGCGAGAGCCUCCCAGCGCGCUUCUUCUCCUGUAUGCAGUCAGACUUCCUGAAGGUGGACCUCCUUAUCAUCAUGGGCACCUCCCUGCAAGUGCAGCCCUUUGCAUCCCUCAUCAGCAAGGCACCCCUCUCUACCCCGCGCCUGCUUAUCAACAAGGAGAAGACAGGCCAGACUGACCCUUUCCUGGGCAUGAUGAUGGGCCUCGGAGGAGGCAUGGACUUCGACUCCAAGAAGGCCUACAGGGAUGUGGCCUGGCUGGGUGACUGUGACCAGGGCUGCCUGGCCCUUGCCGACCUCCUCGGAUGGAAGAAGGAGCUGGAGGAUCUUGUCCGGAAGGAGCAUGCUACCAUAGACGCCCAGUCAACACGGGGGGACUCCAACCCCGGCGUUUCCGCUUCCCCCAGGAAGUCUCCGUCACCUGCCAAGGAGGAAGCCAGAAGCCAGGAGGAGGAGAAACCCCAGUGA